AUGAGUUUGGAAGAAGUGGCAGAGAGUUACUUGGAUGAUCUCAUAAAUAGAAAUCUAGUUCAAAUUAAUGAGCUGAGUAUUGAGGGCAAAGUUAAAUCAUGUAAGGUUCAUGAUCGAGUGCAUGAGGUUUGUGUCAGAGAAGCAAUAACGGGGAAUGCGUUGUGCAUUAUAAAUGACAAUCAUGCUCCAAAAGCUAGUCGUUGGUUAAGCGUUCAAACAAGUUAUUGGCCAAUCACUCAAGCGAGGUAUGGGAAUUGCACUCCUGAUAAAAUCCAUUCUGUUCUCUACUUUAGUAAAGGUGUAUAUCAUUCAAAAUGCAGGUUGGUAUACCCAUGUUUGAAAUUUCUAAGAGUAUUGGAUUUAUCAUUAGUUAAAUGGUCAAAAUGCAUGCCUAGUGAAAUAACGAAUUUGGUUCAUUUGAGAUACUUGGCUUUAAGUACCAUUGGUUCUCUUUACAAGCUUCGAUUUUUCAAGCUUAAAAAUUUGCAAACUCUCAUAGUUACUUCGUGGAUCGAAAAAUGUCCUUUGCAAUUGCCAUGUGAUGUUUUGGGUUUGCGACAAUUGAGGCAUUUGCAUGUUGACAAGAGAUGUUCACAAUAUCUCCCUCGCUUAGUCAAAAAAAAUCUACAAACUCUUUAUUGGUUGAAAGUUGCUAGCUUAGACAAAAAACCAAACUUCAGAAUGGUUCCAAACCUAAAGGAACUUGGGAUUUACAUUGAAGGCCAACUGGCACCUAGCUAUCUAGGGAGCCUUGUGCAUUUACAUCUACUUGAGAAGUUGAAGUUUGAAGUAGGAAGAGUAGAGCGCUUUUAUCUUCCAAUUGGUUUUCCUCCAAACCUUAAGAAGUUGACACUUCGUUAUACUUAUCUUCCAUGGAAGGAGAUGGACACAAUUGGUCAGUUGCCACGCCUUGAGGUUCUUAAACUAAAAGAUUUCGCGUUCUGUGGCUCAAAGUGGGAGCCAUCGAAGCUGGGCUUUUGGGAAUUAAAGGCAAUUCUCAUAUCACAUUCAAAUCUCAAAUAUUGGAAUGCAAAUUCUAAUCAUUUCCCAGUUUUGGAGCGCCUGAUUUUCUCUGCAAAGAAGUUAUUGUUUGUGGGAACGACAGAUUGUCCACUUCAUGUUCGUGAAGUUAGAACCAAGGUUGAAUUGCCAAAUAAUGAAAGCUAUGAAAAAGAAAUUGUAGAAAACUCUGAAGAAAGUGUGGAUAGAUAUGAAGAAGAAAGUGUGAAAAGCUCUAAAGAAAGUGUGGAAAGCUUUGAAGAAGAAAGUGUGAAAAGCUCUAAAGAAUUAAGUUUUGGAAACUCUAAAGAAUUAAGUGUUGGAUGCUCUGAUCAAGUAAGGUUAAAAGCUCGGAAGAGUGUCAGGAAAUAUCUGAAGAAGAAGGUGUCGAAAUCUCUGAAUGCAUUCAAAGAAUUGAAGAGGAAAGUGUUGUAG